CAAAGCUCCAUUCAUAUUCAUCAGCUCUUUCCGACAGAGCUCCCAGUCACAGGUUUCCGGCCCCCCUCCCCGCCCACUACAAACAAAAACCCUCCUUUAAAAUAAAAAAAAAAGUAUAUCCAUAAUCUUCUGUCAUGCUGAGCUUCUAGUAGUACUGGUUUAAUUGAUUAGUUAAAGCAUGCUGGAAGACAUUGGGAACCCGCGUGAUCGCUGUUGGUUCAAAAGCUUUGCUAUUCCCAAGACAUAAACUGCUUUCCGGACAUAUUAUUGUGUCCCGCCGAGGAAAAUAAUUCUUACCAUAACUACAGAGGAAAGAAAAGAAAUAAAUGGGCAGAAAGCCAUUCAGAAAACGAGCUGGUUCUGAUGGGAAUCAUUCCUCUCAGGAUUUUGGUGGCCAAAUGAACAGAACAGGCACAUUUUCUAAACCCUUGCAACACGAUGAAGCCUCUGUUCCGCAUGCGUCAUUCGUCAGAAAACAGGUUGAUCCAGAAACAUCAAAAUAUUUUACGGAAAUUGCAAAUGUCAUUGAAGGCAGCGAAAUUGAUCUCGAGGAGAGGGCUGUUAUAUGUGGAAAUGCUUUGGAAGAAGCAAGAGGGAAAGAAGUGCAACUUGCCACUGAUUACAUCAUAAGCCACACUUUACAAACUUUACUGGAAGGCUGCUCUGUAGAACAUCUUUGUGGUUUCCUAAGAAACUGUCAAAGCAACUUUUCCCUUAUUGCAAUGGAUAGGUCUGGGUCUCAUGUGGUGGAAACGGCACUGAAGGCUCUGGCUAUGCAUCUUCAAGACACAGACAACCACAUUCUGAUCGAGGAUACUUUGACCACUAUAUCCAGGAUGAUCGUGGUCAAUCCUGUUGAUAUAAUGUGCAACUGUUAUGGAUCUCAUGUUAUUCGGAGUCUCCUUUGUCUUUGUGGAGGAGUGCCUUUAGACCCUUCGGGUUUCCAUUCUACUAAGUCAUCCACUGUGCUUGCUGAAAGGCUAAAUUCUAGAGUUUCUUCACAGAGUAAUAACGACCUGAAAAAUCUUCAGCAGAGAUUUCCAGAAUUACUCGAGUUCCUUGUAUCUGAGAUGUUAAGUUGUGCUAGAAAAGAUAUGGCCGUCCUUCGAGUUAAUCAAUACGGCAGCUUGGUUCUGCAGACUUCUCUAAAAUUAUUGGCUCGGCAAGAACAAUUGUUGUUGGAUAUUGUUCCUGCUAUUCUGGGAUGCAGCUCGGAGAAUGCUAACGAGGGGAACUUAAUAGAAAAUACAGUAGUGCAAAAGCUUUUACCUUUGAUGGAAAAAACUGCAUUCAGCCAUUUAAUGGAGGUUAUUUUGGAAGUGGCCCCUGAUUCCUUAUAUGAGGAAUUGUUUGUGAAAGUUUUCAGAAAUUCGUUGUUUCCUCUGUCAUCACAGCAGUGUGGGAAUUUUGUUGUCCAGGCUUUGAUUUCUCAUGCCAGGACCAAAGAUCAAAUGGAUUUGAUUUGGGUCGACCUUGGUACAAAGUUUAAGGAUCUUUUUGAAAUGGGAAGAUCUGGAGUUGUUGCUUCCCUUGUUGCUGCUUGUGAAAGACUUCACAGUCAUGAAAAUAAGUGUUCUCAAGCACUUGCUACUGCUGUCUCUGCAAUGGAUGAGUCUCCUAGAUGCAUUGUUCCUCGAAUACUGUUUCUUGAUAAGUAUUUUUCCAGUGAAGAUAAAUCCAACUGUUACUGGCCAGAUGGUGUUAAGAUGCAUGUAGUGGGUUCUUUGAUACUGCAGACAAUAUUCAGACUUCCAUGUGAAUUUAUACAAUCUUACAUUACCAGUAUCACGUCAUUAGAAGACAGUCAAGUUCUUGAAGCAUCAAAAGACGCAUGUGGCUCACGGGUUAUUGAGGCUUUUCUGAGCUCAAAUGCUUCUUCGAAACAAAAGCGCAAGUUAGUUAUAAAGCUUUGUGGACAUUUUGGAGAGCUCUCAGUGCAUUCGUUGGGUUCAUUUACAGUUGACAAAUGCUUCGAUGCCUCCAGUGCCUCUCUGAGAGAAACAAUUGUAUCAGAACUUGUACCUGUGCAAAAGGACCUUUUGAAGACUAAGCAGGGACCUUACCUGUUGAGGAAACUUGAUGUUGAGGGAUUUGCCAAACGUCCUGAUCAGUGGAAGUUGAGACAAGCUUCUAAGCAAUCCGUUCUCAAAGAAUUUUAUGAUGCCUUUGGACCACCAGAAACCAAAUCAUCAAAGAACAAGAGCUUUGUUGCAGAUGCUAAUCGUAAAUCACAGCCUGACAGGAUGCAGGAGAUUAGGAAGGAGAUUGACAAUUCGCUGGUUAAUGUUGCCCCUCAUUUUGGAAACCAGUUUUUGGCUCAUCAAACAUCAAAAAAGGCAAAAAACUCAGGCCGAAAGCGACCCCGAGAAAGGACAAGUCGUGCCACGGAUGCCAGGGGUGGUGGUGAUUUGGGGAACAAAAAGAAAAAGAAAUACAACAGAAAUAGUUAAACAUGGUAUUGAGAAUAUAGCUGCAAAUGAUUCAAAUCGAG